GGAGCGGCCGCCCGGGGUCGCUGCUGCGGCGGCGGCGGAGGGUCCGGUUCGUCGGUGCGGCCAUGGCGGUGUUCGUGACGCGGCGGAUCCCCGCCGAGGGGCUGCGGGUCCUGUCGCAGGCCGGCGGGUGCCGUGUCCAGCAGUGGGACUCGGAGGAGCCGGUGCCGCGGGCCGAGCUGCUGGCAGGCGUGGCGGGGAAGCGUGGGUUGCUCUGCCUCCUCUCCGACCGCAUCGACCGAGAGGUGCUGGACGCUGCCGGGCCCGGCCUGAAAGUCAUCAGCACCAUGUCCGUGGGGUUUGACCACCUCGCCCUGGAGGAAAUCAAGAAGCGAGGGAUCCGCGUGGGGUACACCCCCGACGUCCUCACUGACGCCACCGCAGAGCUCUCUGUAGCUUUACUUCUGGCUGCGUGCCGCCGGCUGCCGGAGGCAGUGGAGCAGGUAAAGAAUGGUGGCUGGACAACAUGGAAGCCCUUAUGGAUGUGUGGCUAUGGUCUGUCUGAUAGCACGGUGGGCAUCAUAGGACUGGGGAGAAUAGGACAGGCGGUUGCCCGCCGCCUAAAGCCAUUUGGGGUCAAGAAGUUUUUGUACACUGGCAGUUGCCCGAAGCCAGAGACUGCUGCGGAGUUUGAAGCUGAGUUUGUCCCACUCAUGAGGCUGGCUGAAGAGUCGGACUUCGUUGUGGUGACGUGCGCUUUGACUCCGGCCACCCAGGGAAUGUGCAACAGGGACUUCUUUGGCAGAAUGAAGAAGACCUCUGUGUUCGUCAACACAAGCAGGGGGGCCGUGGUGAACCAGGAGGACCUGUACGAUGCCCUGGCUCACGGCCAGAUCGCAGCAGCGGGGCUGGAUGUCACAACGCCGGAGCCGCUGCCCACUGACCACCCCCUGCUCUCCCUCAAGAAUUGUGAAAUGAGGCUUUGAUGAUUCUGAAACUAUUCAGAGAUUUCACCCAAAACUGCCAAAUAGUUUCAGCAGCUGGAGGAACACGGCAUAAGUAGAGGAGGAAGAAGUGUUGACAUUACUUUGACAGCGGACAAGGAACUCAGGCUGGUUCUUGACUGGGGGAGAAAGAAAGGACCUACGUGGCCCCACAGUCCUUCUUGGGAGAGCCUUCUCCUCCCGGGGCAGCAGCACGUCGGAUGUUCAGGCUUCUGCAUUGCCUGUAGAUGCUGUCUGUAACAGAACAGAGACUGCAGUGCAGGCUUUUAUCCAUACCUUGGGCAAGUGCUCUCCACUACUAAUGUUAUAAUAAUUUACCACUAAAGCAUCUUUGGCUCCUUCCUUUGCAUUGCAUAAAAGGAGACUUUUCACACAGGUGGAUAAAAAUGCCUGCCCUGACUGUGCUACAGUGUGCCAGCUCUGUUCGGCGGGGGCCUUUUCCCUCCACAUGUACCUUUCCAGUGCACCCAGGGGUCUGUAAACCACAUUAUUUCACAGCAGUCUUCAGGCUCCUGCCCUGAUAUGUGUUGGUUCACGCCUGUCGGUGAGCAGAACCUCCUAAAGCUGUGUGGCAAUCAGGCAACAGCAUGCAAAUUUCACUACAAGUUCAUCUGCCGCAGGGAUAGUAUUUUACAUCUACCACUGGCUCUGGGUCCGUGCAGGAAGGUGAGUACCAAACCUGAGUGCAGAAAGGAGGACCCACUCUUGGCUGACUGUCUUUGGCUGGAGGACUU